AUGCCAGCGCCUGCAUUGCGCAAGGAUUGCCCCGUAUUGCAGCUGGCGAAAUCGCGGAGUUGGUUGAAACGGAUAAUCGGUAGACGUGGGACCCAAGAGGCUCGUACGUUUCCAAGGACGUUUCAACUUGCGGUGGGCGAGACGAGGUGCCUCGGUGUUACGUCAACCGGCAAUAACAAGAGAGAUCUGAGGAGGAUUAUGAAGAAGAUGCAGCAGCAGCAGCAGCAGCUCGACCUUCGGGCCAGGCGCGGACCACGGCUAGCCAGGCUAGGCAGCGUGAAGGACAACAACAUGCGAGAAAUCAUAAGGGAAGGCCUUUGCCCCUUGCGCUGUCUGUCAUUGGUCUGCUAUCCACCGUCCCGGAAACAGCGCAACAAGCCGUCAAGUAAGGAAAGGACAUCUCGCAGGAAGACCCGACACAAGCCCCUCAGAACCUGGCUCCUUCGCUGCGCACUGGCGAGCGGCAUAAGGCGAGCUAGACGGGGAGCGCAGCGAAUUGUUGGAGGAAACAACCUUGCCGCUGCGGUUGUAGGUUUGGCUGGUAAGAAUGCUAGGAUCAUUCUCAAGACCAACCCGCGCAUGGGAUCGACAGCUAAGUAUAUCCCUGGCAAAGACUUUGGAGUACCAGAUAAAAGCCGUUUAGAUCUCAAAGCACCGCGUGCCACGGUUCUUUGCAAGCCACCGGAAUCUUGCCCUCCCCCCCAAAAAAUAGAUCUUCCUUCGUGGUCGGCGGUGAAAGCUCUCCUCAAUUGUGAACUGGCGAACGCUGAUCUGCAGAAAAGUCAGCAGUGCUUCAUUCUACUGUAUCGGCGCGCGCGCAGCAGGCUCGGAGAAUUGAAGGAGGCAGGUGGAGACAUUACUCCAAGCAUGGACAUGAGGAAUGAGCGUCGAGGCGGUGUAAUGCUGGUCGGGCUGCCAACUGCCACUGACUCCCAGCCUUCGGACUGUCGACUCCUCGCCAUACAGGUGAGCAGCGAAUCAUUUGGCAAGGCUGGGAGGCAGGCAGCCGCAGACAUUCGGGCUGGCAAGGGAUGGCUGCUGAACGCAAGUCAUGCGUCCAGGAAUCUCAUGUUCGAGGGCCGAGGCUUGGGCUGGCUCCAGAUUUGGUCACAUAUCGGAAACGCUACUGCCAGCGCGAAGCUUGAGCUGCCCGCGCGGUGGACAAUGUCAAUGGCUGCGAAUGCCACCGAUCCCGAGACCGUUUCCCGCAGAAUAAUAACUUACAUACAUACAAUGCAGGAGGCAGGCGGCCUGCGCACACGCGGGAUGAGGCAGCGGCAGCAGCAGAUUGCUGGCGCCACCGGCCGGCGGUCGAGGGUGCGUAGACUCGGGAGGCUGCUGGGCGGCGAUGAACAACAGGUAGGAUAUCCCUGGGGGCGGCAGAGAGAUGGAAUUCUAAUUUGGAGCAGACUCAGCAGAGCGGGAGGGCUUCCCUUGACAGCUUGGGAACACGCGGUGCGGUGCCCAGACCUCCGAACUACGCCGGUGAUGCAAAUGUUGGUAAAUGAUGCCAUCUGCGGCUCUAGAGCGCGCCGUCAAGCUUCACGGCGAAGGUGCUGA